AUGACAGUGGGGCAGUCGGAGGUCCUGCGCGGGUCCCGGAACCCGGUUUUUGCCCACGUCUUCGCCCUGGAUUACUUCUUUGAGGAGAUGCAGAAUCUGAGGUUCCAGGUGUUUGACGUUGAGGAACCAAGUGAUUCCGAACUGAGCUGUGAGGUUGGGAUGUUGAUUGGCCUCACCGAAUGUUCCCUGGGGCAGAUUGUCUCCCAGACCAAGGUUACCAAGGAGCUGGCAUUGCUAAAUGGAGAGAUUUUGGAGAAUUCAACCAUCACGAUUGAAGCCGAAGAGGUCUCCCGCACCAAUGAGUUUGUCCAGCUGGAAUUUUGCGGUCAAGAACUGGAUGACAAGGAUUUCUUCAGCAAAUCCGAUCCUUUCCUGGAAAUAUAUAAGAUGGGCACUGGCGAGUCGGAGAAUCUGGCCUGGAGGACAGAGGUGGUGAAGAACAACCUGAGCCCUCGGUGGCAGCCGUUCCGAAUUUCUUUGCAAUCGCUGUGCAGUUGUGAUCCCGACAGGCCUAUACGGUGUGUGGUUUACGAUCACGACUCCAGCGGGAAGCAUGACUACAUUGGGGAAUUCAACACAAGCUUUCAAGAGAUGCUGAAGGCGUCUUCUGGAGAUGAGGUGAAAUGGGAAUGUAUUAACCACAAGUAUCAAGAAAAGAAGAAAAACUACAAAAAUUCUGGAUAUAUUGUCCUCACUCAGUGCAAGAUGGAGAAAGUCCACACCUUCCUGGAUUACAUCAUGGGUGGUUUGCAAAUCUCCUUCACAGUAGCCAUUGACUUCACGGCCUCCAACGGGGACCCCAGAAGCGAACAUUCGCUCCAUUUCAUCAACCCCCGGGAGCCGAACGAAUACCUGAAAACGCUGUCGUCCGUGGGCGAAAUCUGCCAGGACUACGACAGCGAUAAACGGUUCCCGGCCUUUGGCUUCGGAGCGAGAACCCCUCCGGAUUUCGAGGUGUCUCACGAUUUCGCCAUCAACUUUGACCCGGAGAACCCCGAAUGUGAAAAGAUUCUGGGCGUGAUCGAGGCUUACAAGCGCUGCCUGCCCCAGAUCGAGCUGUACGGCCCCACCAACGUGGCGCCCAUCAUCGGCAAGGUGGCCGGGCCGGCAGCCGAGGAGGAGAAAAGUGGCAUGCCCACGAAGUACCGGGUGCUGCUCAUCCUGACCGACGGGGUGGUGAGCGACAUGCCCGAGGCCUGCGACGCCGUGGUGCGGGCCUCCCGCCUGCCGCUCUCCAUCAUCAUCGUGGGCAUCGGGAACGCCGACUUCUCCAACAUGCGGGAGCUGAACGGGGACCGAGGGAUGCUGGAGACGGAGGAGGGCAGGGCCGUCCGGGACAUCGUGCAGUUUGUGCCCGUCCGGGAGUUCAAGAAGCCUCUGGUCCCUUCGGAAAACUACCCCGACCCCUUCGGGUGGGAAAAAGGAGAGAAAGCGAACCGGGAACUGCCUUCCUCAUCUGUGGCUUCAGGGCUUCAAACACGACGCGGGACGCCAGCUGGCACCACGGGCAUCGGGCACCCCCCUCCCUCCCCAAGAGUUCUCCCUUCUCUGCCUUCCCCGCUCUUAGCCUGA